AUGUCUAAUCUAAGCAUUACAGUUCACAACACUAAUGAAGAAACUAAAUCUUGCACCUGCUAUAAUAAGACCAAAUUAGUUGCUAAAUUCGAGAAGACAAGUGGAAAGAAAACUAAAAUCUUUAUUAGAUGUAAUUCAUGUGCCCAAACUGAAAGGCAAAAAAAAAAAGCUAAAAAGCACAGACUCAAAUCUUCUAAUAAUAAAACUAUAAAAUUUAUUUCCUCAAAAAAUACAGAAAGUACAUCAUCCCCUCCUCAGACCAUAGAAAAUAUAUUAUCCCUUCUUUUAAAAACCACAAAUAUAACAUAUCUUCUCUUAGAUGAUGAAAUAUCUUUUAACGUUGAUGAUAAUGAAAGUGAUGGGAGUGAAUUUAUUUAUGAUAUGCAUAAUCUUGAAGAGGCUGUAUUCUCUAAAUUUAGAAAUGAAGAAAUAGAUGAUCUGGUAAAAUUCUCAAUAACAAUAAAAAUUGAAGAAGACUUGGUUAAUGAAGAAAAUUUAUUUCUGAAACUUGAUCAGCAAAUAAAAGAUAAAUUUCAUACUAUCAUUAAAGUAUUUCUCAUACCUCUUCAAAAAGGAUCAGG